CGCUGAGCAGUUCAGCUGUGUGACAGUCUGCUUUAUUUCAGCUUCAGUUACUGAACCAUAAUAUGGUACAUAUAAUUAAAGUUAGUUGGGUUGUUUUGCUCUACGCAGCCUGUCCACUGACCAACUGCCAGUUUAGUUCAUAGUUCAGGUUCAGUACAGCUGGUUUAGUUCAGAUUCAGUUCCAGAUUCAGAGCUGUGAUAUGGUUGAGACAGAGAAGUUUCCAGCAUCGCUUUACUGCCUCCUGCUUCUGCUCUCUGGAGUCUCCUCUUACACUGAGUUCGAGAUCUCAGUGCCCAGCGGUGGUCAGGUCGGGGUUUAUGGGCAGUCCGUGGUUCUGUCCUGCAGCUUUCCCACCGGAGGCUCCUGGGAUGUGAGCAGCAGCGUGUUCAUGUGGCAGCGUGGCCUGGAGGUGGUCCACAGCUUCUACCACAGCCAUGACCAGCUGGACCAACAGCAUCAUCACUAUGCCAACCGUACCAGACUGUACCACCAGGAGAUGGCGAAGGGAAAUGCAUCACUCAGGCUGGACCGGGUCACCCUGGAGGAUGAUGGAAUAUACACCUGUUCGGUCAGCACACAGAUCGGCAGCCAGAACAAAAGCUUCAGUCUGAAAGUAGCAGCCUUCUACCCGGAGCCUCAUCUGCACAUCAACCUGUUGAGCAAUGGGCAGGUGGACCUCCUGCUGACAUCACAGGGAGGUUACCCCUCCCCAUUGCUGCAAUGGCUGAUGGGAAACAUGGAGGACAUCACAGAAGAAACGCAAACACAGCUGGAGCAGGACCAACACACCAGGCUCUACAGCGUCAAGAGUAAGCUAAACCUCAAACGGGGCAGCAACUCCUCCAUCACCUUCAUCCUGAAGAACCAAGAUCUGGGGCAGGAGAUCAGACGGAACAUCGACCUGUUCUUAGAAGACGGAGCUGGUGGUCCACUAUCAGGAGACAGGGGACAUUAUGUUCUCCUUGGAGCUCUGAUCACUCUCCUCACAGCCGGCCUAGCAGUGUUAAUUAUCUUUUUCCUCAGACGACGGACACAGAAAAGCACAACAAAAACAUUAUUCAGAGCCGUCACCUCCGCUGACGAAGAGCAAUCUAUAAACCACCAAAAUGGAAAACCACCGCAUUGAGUUUGUUAUUUUCUCGCCUUGGAUGAAGAGACUGUAUCACUGCAGUGUCAUCACUGCUGACCAACGAUGGACGUUUUGAGUGGAGAUGGUGAUCGGUCACUUGCACAGUCUGAAAGAAGCCAUGCAUCAAGUCCAUUUUAUACCGCACUGCUAACAGUCCUGGGUUACACAUUUCAUGUCUUUUUUGGUGUUUUCUGUGAGUGACAUGCCAGAGAUUUCCAUCUAGAAGCGCUUUAUAAAACCAUCCUUCAGGGCUCCGUUGCUCAGUCAAGGUCCGUCAGUCCUGAACACCUUGUUUUCCUGCUGCAGCUGAUGUAAGCUAGUCUAGUGCUCGUCAGUCUUUAGAGGAGUCAAACAUUUGUUCAGAGCAGCAGUAAGAUUUGAUUGGCAGCUAAAG